UGAAUUUGUGAGCCCUUGGUGGAGCUGCAACUCCCCAGCAGCCCAGUGCUGCUUUUGCUUUCCUACCUUAAUAAAUAUUUAGUGAAUCCAUUUCGGACCUGAUUUGUUUAAAUUCAACUAUAACAAAUUUGGUGUCGUGACUCGGAUCCAGACAGCUGACUCGGAAUUCAACUCUGGGAGGGUGCCCCAUCUUCAGAUGGUCUCAGAGGAGAUUCCAAUUUAGCUCACCUGGAUUUUCCGAACUGAGACAGGAAAGCAAAAAGAAAGAGAAAGGAGAUACUGCAGUUCCCCGUAAUUUUAGUGCACGAAGAGCUGGAUGAAGACUCGGGAGUGAGUGAGUAUACUGUGGUUCCAUUCGGUCGGGGAUUGGGUACCCGGAGUGCGAGUGAGUAAGUCCACUGGGCUUAGUAGUCCACCGGGCGAAGUGAGUGUGGACCUCCUAAUAGUGCGGUUCCCAUUGUCCGUGAGGGCAUGGGCCACGAACGGAGGGAAGUGAGUGAAUUUUGAGUGAAAGAAGGCACUCUCAGAAGAUGGGACAGAAGAAGAGUAAGUCUUCUGGUUCCAUGCAGGAGAUACAGGGUGGGGGUGGGCUCCCCGUUAUACCCCAAGAUAGCCCGUUAGGCCUAAUGAUCCAAUAUUGGGGUACUUCCCCUUCUCUAAAGGGGAAGUCCAAGGAGAAAAUGGUCCAUUAUUGUAUGGAAGUAUGGGGAGAAAAACAAAUAAGAAAAGAUUUACACUGGCCAAUUUAUGGAUCUUUUGAGGAUUGGAUAUGUCAACAAUUAAACAUAUAUGUUAACAACAAAUGACCAUUUAAUAAGGAGGAGAGCGAGUAUGCCUUUUUAUGGAUCCUGGGCAUAGCUCAGACCGCUAAUUUGUUCCCAUUAAAAGAAAAGAAAAAUGAUAGAAAGAAAAGGCAGGAUGUAGACGAGCCUCCAGCGUCUCCCCCACCCUAUAUUCCCCCUCCUCCGCUACCACAAGGUCCUGAGCAUGAUCUUCUUCCAACAGCACCCCCCCAUCUGAGGAAGAGGCCCCUCCUAAUCGAAGAAUGUCUAGAAGUCAAACUAGAGAAAGGAGGGAGGAAAAUCUAUUGUAUCCAUUAAGGGAGACUGCUAUGGGGGGACCACAACCCGGAGUUGGAUUUGUAUCUGUACCCCUCAGCUCUGGGGAUGUGAUGGAAUUUAAGAAAGAAAUGGGACACUUGUUAGAGGACCCAUUAGGGGUAGCCGAACGUUUUGAUCAGUUCCUCGGGCCUAACAUUUAUACUUGGGAUGAAAUGGAGUCUAUUUUAAAGAUCUUGUUUACAAACGAAGAACGAGGAAUGAUCAGAACAGCAGGUAUGAGACACUGGGACCAGAGACAUCAGCAAGGUCCCGCCGGAGAUGAAAAAUGGCCCCUGCAAAGGCCCAAUUGGAACAAUCAAGACCUCGUACAUAGAAAUAAUAUGGUAGAUCUCCGGGAUAUGAUAAUUCAGAGGAUUAGAGAACUCCAAGUAAUUGGUGCAAAGGAGGAACCUUUCAAAGUGCCCCUGAAAAGGAAUGUAACAAUAGAAGCUCCAAAUAAAUAUGGGGUGGGAACAUUUUUAUUGGUCCCAGAAGCUGAAUAUAACCUUCUGGGACGAGACCUGAUGGUGGAAUUAGGAAUCAAUUUGGAAGUAGAUCAAGAGGAAUUAAAAAUAAGAUUAUGCUUAUUAACCACGGAAGAUGAAGCCAAGAUUAAUCCAGAAACUUGGUAUAGCCCAGGGUCGGUGGGAAAAUUAAAUAUCAAACCGAUCACGGUCUCCAUAAAAGACCCAGACCAGCCAAUUAGGAUAAAACAGUAUCCCAUCUCUAGAGAGGGGAGAGAAGGGUUGCAGCCAGUAAUUGAGGGACUUCUGGCCCAAGGGCUUUUGGAACCCUGUAUGUCUCCCCACAAUACUCCCAUAUUGCCCGUAAAGAAGCCGGAUGGGUCUUAUCGUUUAGUACAAGAUCUGAGAGCUGUAAAUGAAUGAACCAUUACCCGGUUCCCUGUGGUGGCUAACCAGCACACUAUACUUAAUCAGUUAAGUCCAGAUUGUAAAUGGUAUAGUGUUAUAGAUCUAAAAGAUGCUUUUUGGGCUUGUCCCUUAGAAGAAAAAUGUAGGGACUAUUUUGCUUUCGAGUGGGAGAACCCCAAGACCCAUAGAAAACAACAAUUACGGUGGAGCGUUUUGCCCCAGGGAUUCACAGAGUCUCCAAACUUGUUUGGACAAGCUCUGGAACAGUUACUGGAAUUUUAUGAAUUAAGUCAGGGACUAAUUCUAAUACAAUACGUGGAUGAUUUAUUGAUCUCUGGAAAAACUCAAGAAGGAGUCAGAAAUGAGAGCAUCAAAUUAUUGAACUUUUUAGGCCUCAAGGGAUUAAAGGUUUCUAAGUCCAAAUUACAGUUUACUGAAGAAGAGGUAAAAUAUUUGGGACAUUGGCUCACAAAGGGACACAAGAAAUUAGAUCCCGAAAGAGUAAAAGGAAUUUUGUCUCUAACAGCGCCCACUAAUAAAAGACAGAUAAGACAGUUAUUGGGAUUAUUAGGGUAUUGUCGACAGUGGAUAGAAAAUUACAGCAGUAAAGUAAAAUUCUUAUACGAAAAAUUAACUAAAAACGGGUUGGUAAAAUGAUCCCUUGAAGAUGAGAAUCGUUGGGAAAAUAUAAAAAGAGAUCUCGUAGAAGCACCUGUCCUCAGUUUACCCGAUAUCCGUAAACCCUUUCAACUUUUUAUCAAUGUGGAUAACGGGACAGCUUAUGGGGUUCUGACCCAAGGAUGGGCAGGACAGAGAAAGCCUGUAGGAUAUUAUUCUAAAAUACUGGAUCCUGUAAGCCCCGGGUGGCACACCUGCUUGCAAGCAAUAGUGGCCACUGCAUUAUUGGUAGAAGAAGUUGGAAAAGUCACCUUAGGAGGUGAACUAAAAGUAUACACCCCUCAUAACAUUCGAGGAGUAUUACAACAACAGGCUGAUAAGUGGCUUACAGAUAGUCGAUUGCUAAAAUAUGAGGGAAUUUUAAUUAACUCCCCUAGGCUAGAAAUGGAAACCACUUCUAUUCAGAAUCCUGCCCAAUUUUUAUACGGAGAACCUAAAGAAGAUUUGACACAUGACUGCCUCCAACUAAUAAAUUUGCAGACUAAAAUAAGGGAGGACUUAGAAGAAGAUGAAUUAGACGAAGGAGAAAAAUUAUUUGUGGACGGCUCCUCACGAGUGGUUGAAGGACAACGUAAAUCAGGAUAUGCUAUUGUGGAUGGGUAUACUUUUAAGAUAAAAGAAUCAGGACCAUUAAGUAAAGCUUGGUCCGCACAAGCGUGUGAGUUAUAUGCUAUGUUAAGAGCGUUAAAACUCUUAAAAAAAUAAAAUUGGAACUAUUUAUACAGAUUCAAAGUAUGCCUUUGGGGUGAUACAUGCUUUUGGAAAAAUUUGGGAAGAGAGAGGCUUAAUUAAUUUUUGUGGUGAUUGCUUUGCUAAUAUUUAUAGGAUGUGUGACAUACUAUCGCAGAGAGUGUUUUGGUUGAUUGUUAUCGCCGCCCUUAAUACUAAGGGAAACUCCUGUACCCCCCUCCUUGAACAGAGGUGGCAAAAUGGAUUUAUAACUUUAGGCCAACAAGUGGCCAAUGCUUCCAAUUUGACAAACUGUUGGGUAUGUGGGAGUCCUUUAGGAUUCAGGGACUGGCCACAGAUGUCAAAACCGAUAUCCCCAAGAUGGCUUGUAAGUGAUUUAAGUGAUACACGAUUGGCAAUAAUUCGCUAUAUUGGAAUGAAGAAAUGGAACCAUGGAAAAUCCAGUUUCCGGGAAAAGGAGAGUAUUGUCUUAAUUGUAAUGAUAGCAAUAGAGUUUUUGUGGGUCAUAGUAUAUGUAAUUGGACAUUUAAAUAUGGGGAUCCCUGUAUCAUCCCUGGGUGUCGACCCAUUAAUUAAUCAACUUAUGACCAUUCCUCCUCCCAUCCUGUCGAAGGUGACAUGUUAUGGCGUUUGUAUUAUAACACCUAUGACGAAAAUCUCAUCCCCUGACAAUCAAGGUGGGCAUGGGUCAAUGAAACUGGGCAUAAAAACGAAUUUGAUAGCUUUUGGUCUAGAACCAAUCUCACAGGGAUCGUGAAAUUGGGGGAAGCUAAUUUUGUAACUUGUGCCAUAAGUGGUAUAGUUGGCCAAACAGUCACCAUUAAAUGCAACUAUAUCAGUCGAAUAGGAGCAUGGAAAUGUAAUCUUUGGAUUAAUGGAGUAAAAUCAAACAGUCACAUUAAACACCCUUUGGGUUUGAAAAACACCACCUAUUUUGAGUCUCUUUGUAAUUCCAACCUAAGACAGAAAGGGAAAGGACCAUUUGCAAAUGGAAUUUGGGCUUUAAAAGGUCACUAUUGUAUUUGUGGUCAUUAUGCAUAUCGAAAAUUACCAAGUAAUUGGAGUGGGACAUGUUAUGUAGGCUUUAUACGCCCCUUCUUUUUUUAUUACCAGACCAAAAGGGAAACAAAUUGGGAGUUAAGGUAUAUGAUGACCUAAAUCGACAUCGACGGUCCUUUGAUACUUCUAUGACAAGUGGAAGUAGCCAAUCCUGGGGAAAAUGAAUGGACACCCCAACAUAUCAUACAGUAUUAUGGACCUGUGACUUGGAAUCCCAAUGAACUCAUUAGCGGUGCUCGAGAACCUAUCUACAAUCCGAAUCGUAUCAUUCGGCUACAGGCUGUCUUGGAAAUUAUUACUAACCAAACAGCUAAAGCUCUUGACUUACUGGCAGACCAAGCAACUCAAAUGCGAAAUGCAAUUUAUCAACACAGGAUGGUUCUCGAUUACCUGCUAGCCGAAGAAGGAGGUGUUUGUGGUAAAUUAAAUGUUUCCAAAUGUUGUUUGAAAAUCGAUGACAAUGGUGAGGUAGUUAAACAAAUCACAUCUGAAAUACGAAUGUUAGCCCAUGUUCCCAUCCAAACUUGGAAAGACUGGAACAUUGACUUGUUUUCCUGGCUUCCCGGGAGCCCCUGGGUAAAAUGAAUUUUAUUUUAUUUGUUAUGUGGAUUAGCCACCUUAUUGUUUUUGCCAUGUGCUGUUCCAUGUUUUAUAAGAUUAAUUCAACACGUUAUAACUAACAUGCAAUUUGCUACUAUGGUUUCACUCGAUGGCGUUAAACAAAUUCGACCUGCGAGACCUGUAAAAAGGUUAAUCGAAACAACAUGAGACAAAAGCCUCUUGGAGGACGUUCCCCAGCAUACAGACCUUUCUCACACAUACAAGUGGAUUUUACUGAACUACCCAGGGUAGGGCGUUACAAAUAUUUAUUAGUAAUGGUGGAUCAUUUAACACAUUAUGUUGAGGC